UCUUGUGAAAACAAUCGUUGCCGGACUCCAAAGUACCGUGUGACUCGAUUGCCGGACGCGCACCGCGGUCUUGCAUUAUUAUCUGCGUCUAUGACUGCCUCCGAUCAAGAAAGCGAUAAUUAGCCAUGUAGGUACAGUAUUCUUACUAAUAUAUUUACAACAGAUCAAUUGUAUUUCAGAAAAAUUGAAUACACCUAAACGUUUUAGAAGAUACAAAAAUCAAUUUCCCGUUUGACGGUUCCAAAUUGAGUAGGUUUUUUCAGUGUCUGCAAUGGUUGUUUCCGAUUUGCCUAAAAAUCGUAAAGAAAAAAUGGAAGGGGAUCAUUCAGAUAAAGAAAAUAAAAGAGAAGAGCAAAAUAUCAAAAAGAAAAAGCGUAGUCGCUCAUCAAGCAGUGGUUCAAGUAGUUCUCGCUCUGGUAGUGGUUCUUCAGGAUCCAGUAGUCAUUCAAGUUCAAGCAGCUCAGGUUCAAGUUCACGAUCUAGCUCUAGUUCGUCCAGUUCAAGCAGUUCUUCAAGCACAUCAACUGCUCGAGCAAAAGCUAAAGCAAAAGCAAAGCAAAGGUCAAAGAGUGGAAGUAAAACAAAGAGUCGUAGCCGUAGUCCAAGAAAGUCUAGGCGUGACGAAGAUGAAAAAGUAAAGAAAGCUGAUAGUAAAACAAGAAUUUCAAGAAAAUCAAGAUCAGGUAGUCCAAAACGGCGUAAAAAGGAGAGGACUCCAACGCCAAAACCUUGUCGUAUACAUGUUGGUCGUUUAACGCGUAAUAUAACUAAGGAACAUAUACAAGAAAUUUUUGCUGACUUUGGAACUGUAAAAGAAGUUGAACUACCUUUAGAUCGGUUCACCAAAUUGUGUAAAGGAUUUUGUUAUGUUGAGUACACAACUCCUGAGGAAGCAGAAAAUGCAAUGAAACAUAUGGAUGGAGGUCAAAUUGAUGGACAAGAAAUAACAUGUGCCCCAGUGUUACUACCUCGACUGACAGUUCGUAGAAGCCCAAUACGCCGUGGUGGUUGGGGUGGUGGUGGUGGGCGACGAAGGAGUCCACUUCGCUUUAGGCGUAGAUCACCUAUGCCAAUCAAACGUCGGUCUCCUCGUCCACGUAGAAUGAGAUCCCGAUCUAGGUCGCCAAGAAGACGUAAACACAGCCGAUCUGUUUCUAGUAGCUCUCCAUAAUUUAUAUUUUAUCAGGUGAUUUUUAUCCUUUACUACACAAGUAAUUGGUAUUUAGCAAACAAAUUCACUAAUUAUUUUUAUUUUAUUCAUAUAUUACUUUUCAAUUUCAUAAACAUGUAAUUUCAUAAUACUAGAUAUUUGUAUUUUCAUUUUUUCUCUGCUUUUGACAUAAAUGUAUCUUUUUUUUUGAAAAAAAAGUUUGACCAAUAAAUAAUAACUUGUAGUAA